GUGAGUCGACAGGAUGAGGAAGAAACGUCGCGCGCUCCAAGGAUGAGCCCCCCCCAAAAAUUCGCAUUGUUGAUUUUUACAUUUUCCCACCCCUUUCCUCCAAAGGACACGUAAGGAAGUGGGACGAAAGUUCCCCGGUGCCCCGGGAAAUCUACAGCUCCGGGGGAGAACAGUGCGGUCGGAAGGAGAAUUUUGCAAAAAAGACAUAAUAUUAGCGAAGAUUCGACAGCGGCGAUCAUGGACAAAGAAACGCCAGAGGAGAAUAACGAAGGAGGCGAAGUUCGGUGUCACUGCAACCUCCCUCGUUGCGUCACAGUGGGCUACAUGUGCAAGAGCACCCUGGGCGCCUGCUUCACACGCCCCACGCCCAUGCCCACGCCCACGCCCGCCACCCGCAGACUCUACCAGCGGAGGACGCCCACGCACGGCUGCUUGGAGCUUUUGCCUGAAGACAGGCAUGCAGAAUGUGCUACCAAGGCUGGGGUCUCCAACAAGAGCAUUAUAUUGAGGUCACAGAAAACAUCAGCCAAGAUGGUAGAAACUACUUCAAACAGUGCCUCGCGUCCUACACCUUCUGCCAGCCCUACCCUUCCUCCAGCAGACCCCAAUCUGACAUGCUGUAGCCAGGAUAUGUGCAAUUAUCGAGACCUGGAUGUCUUCAUAAGGGUAGACAAGGCUGAUACCCAGAAAGAUUACAGCAGAGGAGAAUCAGAAAUGCUGGAGACAGUGUGGUUCCGAGCAGCCACCAUCGCAGUGCCCAUAGCAGGAGGGUUCAUCCUCAUCGUGUUAGUUUUCCUGGCUAGUAGAAUGCUGGCCAAGGAAAACAAGAGGCAAAGGAUGGCCCAGGUGAUUAACGAGAGGUACCUGAAAGCUCCCCUGUAUCCUGGGGGCUGUGCAGCUGAGCCUUUGCCGCCGCCACAGCAUUCUCUCUACUACCACCCACCGCUGCUCAAGAACAUCUCGCUGGGCCAUGUCAAUCUGCGGGCAUCAUAUGAGGACAAGCCUCCUAGCUACCGCUCGCCAGGGAUGCAUGUCUGCAGCCUCGAGGAGAUCCGGCCCCUGAAUGGGGUGAUGGGCAUACCUGAUGGGGGAGGAGGAGUAUUACAGGGAGGGGGGCACUGGGACCAGAGAGGGGCUGAGUCGCCUCUCCCGUCAUGAGGGGAAAGAGGGAAAGAAGGCCUCUGUUAGGGGCUGAAAGGACAAUCGCAAAUCACCAAAGAGGCAUUUUGUUCUGGCUUUCUGAAGGCGGGUGGUAUGUCAAGGCGGCGAAGCCAUUGCAGAAUCAUUUUUUUAAUCAACAUUUUAUUUUCUACUUGUAUAUCCUUUUUCACUCUCUCUAUGGGAAGAGUUUCCACUGAACUAAGAUUAACCAUUACCACAUUGUGUAAACUGGUAGUUUGUGUGGGCUUUGGUGGACUUUCCUUCUCUGGCAACCGUGCAUCAAAUGCCCCGUACCGUGCUGAUGACUCUCCUGUGGAUGGCACAGUUAAAUAUUUUUAAAAGAAAAACUUGGAAGUGAAUAUAUUAUAUAUAUAUGUAUAUUUUUUCCCAGUUUCUAGUGUCACAUUAUAGUGAAACAGGUACUGUACUGUAAUGAUAUUCUUGAAGAAGUGCUAGUCUAAAUCCUGUCUACAAUAACAAAAACUGUCAGUAUCAGUCUUGUUGGCUGAAUGUUUAUUGAAAAUCGGGUGUUAUGUGGAAUUUUCCAUUACAUACAGAAGUGAUGUGAAACUAUUCUUUUUUUUAUUGCUCAAAAGACAUUGAAAGAAAGCAAGUCAAGUUUGUUAAUUUUGCAGGCAUUGUGUGAGCAUUGAUUCUUGAUCAAUAACUCAUGCUUGUAAAUGCUUCAGAAUAUAUUUUUUUUCAUAAGUUAUUCCAACUAUUUUUCCAUUGUAAAAAAAAAAAAAGAAAGGACAAAAAAAAAGAAAAAAAGACACUCCUUUGGAAUACUGUUGUAAUAUCUGUGAUUCCCAAUCUGUGGAAGCAGUUUUGCAGAUAGAUUUUUUGUUUUGUUUUUGUCACAUGAAGUCAGUGCUUCUGCAGCCUUGGUGCUCUCUUGCAAUAGUUUUCCAUAUAGGGUCAUUUGUAUUUGAAGGUAAUAUGUGUAUACAUUACAGUGCAAUAAUAUCAGUCUUGAAAACAUUAGGUUGGCUGUUAGGCAUCUGAUGGUACAGCUUAUCUAUCAGCAAAUCUUUGUAAUAGUCUGAUGCUUCAGAUGAUACCCCCAAAUGUUUUUGUAAGCCAAACCUUAAAUGCUGCAUAGACUUGGUUGGCUCUUGUGGUUAUUGGAAGAUGGUACAGUGUAUUUGGAAAUAAUUGGUAAAGACCAGUGCUAUUGCAAAAUGGCUCUCAAUCAGUUAAGUGAAACUUUUAAAAAUUAAAAAAGAAAGAGAAAAAAAAAAUCAUUCUGAUCCCAAAAGAAAAGGACAAGAAUGCUAUUUACUUAGGCACUCGAUUAUAUUUCUUUCUUUUCUAUUUCCUCCUCCUCCCUUAGGACUGAGGAGUGUUGGAGUUACAUCCAAUCCUGUUAUUCUAUAUUCUGUAGCACUGUGUUGGUGCUGUAUCAUUUCUUCUGCCUGGAUGUGCCUCUUUUUAUCAGACUGAAAGGAACCACUUCAUAUGAGUCAUUGCUGUGAAAUUCCACUCCAAGAAGUGCACUGAGCUUCAUGUAUUGUGAAACCUCUCCUUUCCUCUCUCUCUCUCUCUCUCUCCUCUCCAUCUUCCUUAUCCACAUACAUAAGUCAAAAAGGAAUAAACAGUAUCAAAU